AGAGGAUAUUAUAUUUUCCAUUGCAGAAGAUCUGGAAAUGUAUAUGAAAGAAGUCACAGAGCUGUCGGGUGUAAAGCAUACCUCUCUUUUAAAGUGAGAAAUGAUUGGAAAGGACACAAAGUUAUUGUGCAGAGAGUAUUUGACCAGCACAAUGGACAUGAUGUUUCUGUAGAAGAUGGUCAUUUUCAUCAGAUUCACCCUCAGCUGGUGGAUGAGAUCAAGAAGUGGAUCACAUUAGGCGUAAAACCAGAUGUCAUCCUCCUUCAAGCUCAUCAGUGGUCAAAAGCUCAUGGAGAAGUUAAUUAUCAUUCCAGAGAAUACUUUGUUACACCAGAAGACAUACAUAAUAUCCGUACCUGUAUGCUUCGAGGGAAACAUCUUGAUAAAGAUGAUUAUAAGAGUACAGAAAAACUAUUAUCUGGUCCUUUAAAAGAUAAUGUUGUAUUUUAUCAGCCACUGGAUAAUGAUCAGGAUCUUAUAAUUGUUCUCCAAACGGAGUGCAUGAGAAAAGACUUACAGGACCAUGGGAGUAACAUUGUGUUUUUUGAUGCCACACACUGUGUGAAUCAAUAUUCCUUUCCACUUUUUACACUGCUUGUGAGAGAUGACCAUGGUCAUGGAGUUCCUGUUGCAUACAUAAUAACAAGCAAUGAGACACAAGAAACCCUUAAGCUUGCACUUCGGAGGCUACGACCUUUGUUCCCUAAGCCACCAAGGUGCUUCAUGGUUGACAAAGACAUGAGUGAAAUAAAUGCUUUGAAUGACGUUUUCCCUGAGUCUGAUGUUCUUCUUUGCUGGUACCAUGUACUCCAAGCCAUUGUUCGGUGGUUGAUGAAGUCAGAUUCCAGUGUUAGUGGGCCACAGCGUUCAAGUAUCCGGAAAGAAAUUAUUGAUUACUUCAAAAAAAUGAAAGCUUGCCCUAUGGUAUUUGAAUUUUACAUUUUAAUGGUUGUAUUAUACGGUUACAAUAUGUACACCUAA